AUGGAAGACAUCUCGGGAGCAUCGCCUGGAAGUGGACCGAGUGGAGCUGAGAAUGAGAUCGAUGUCGAGUAUGGCUUUGAUGUCAAGGCCAACAACGUGACCUUUGGCCUGGAGACAACCGCUGAUGUCAUUCGUGCUCUUGAGUCGGCGGGACAUGACGUGGUAGUGUACGACGAGGUGACUGUGGAGCCGACGGAUGGCUCGUUUCUUGCUGCGGGCGAGUGGGUGGCCGAGACCAAGGCUGCGGCGUAUGUGUCGGUUGGAGGCGGGUCAGUGAUGGACACGACCAAGGCUGGCAUUGUGUACGGCAUGUACCCACACCGCGAUGGCUUCUACGGGUACAUCAACAAGCCGAUGGGCUCGGGCGACUCGCCGUCGGGCCUGCUUGCUCCGCACAUUGCGGUGCCGACAACCUCGGGGACCGGCUCGGAGACUACCGGGUUUGCGGUGUGCGACGUGAUUGAGCGCAACACCAAGACUGCGCUCGCGUCCAAGGCGCUCAUUCCAGUCCACGCCGUGGUGGAUCCGGCGUUUUGCGACUCGCUCACGCCCGAGAUCAUUUGCGCCUCGGGCUAUGACGUGCUCUGCCAUGCUAUGGAGUCGUACACGGCGCGGCCGUACUUUAUGCGAGCGGUGGAUGCAGGGACAACGCCUGCCACGCACGACCGCCCGCUCAACCAGGGUGCGAACCCGAUUGCCGACAUUGGGUGCAUCCGCGCGCUUGAGCUCUGCGCGCAGUACCUGGUCCGCGCGGUGACGGACGCCGACGACGUCGCCGCCCGCGACGGAAUGAUGCUGGCGUCGACGGUGGUAGGGACGGCGAUGGGCAACGCUGGAACGGCGCUCUGCCACGGUAUGUCGUACCCAGUCUCUGCGUUCUCGGCCCACGGGAGCCACUGCCCGUCGCCCGAGUCGGGCUACCCGGACGCGCCGCUCCUCCCACACGGCAUGUCUGUGAUGAUGCACGCGCCGGCAGCGUUUGCGUAUCAGGUGGCGGCGGAUCCUGGGCGGCACGCGGCGGUGACAGCUACGCUCGCGCAGGCCUCGGCCGCGCUGGGGCUGCGGCACGCCACCGGCGUGUCGCAAGCCGACCUUUGCGCCAUGGCUGCGGACGACACGCUGGCGCUGGGCGAGGUUCUCUCUCAGGAGCUCAUUGCCAUCAUGCGGGCAACGGGUGUGACGCCGCCGGGCCUCUCGGCGGUCGGCAUCACCAUGAACGACAUUCCUGGCCUCGUCGAGCGGGCGCUUCCGCAGAAGCGGGUUCUCAACAACGCUCCGUUUGCGGUCUCGGCCGCCGACCUCUCGGUCAUCUACGAGGACUCGCUCAACCUGUGGUGA